CGCACCAUCGCCCGGCUUUAACUGGCCGGCCAUGGGGAACACUACUGUCCCUCUUUCAUCAAUCACCAACAACUCCCUCUCUCUCGCUGCUUCCAAACCGACCAGAAAACUCGCCCCGAUUGAAGCUCCACCCUUUCACCUUCCGUCUCCAUUGCCAUCUUUCCCACCAGGAGCGGAAUUCGCAAAGGGAGCCAUCGAUCUCGGUGGCCUUCAGGUUCGCCAAGUCUCCACCUUCACCAAAGUUUGGGCGGCUCACGGUGGCGGCUCCGACGACCUCGGCGCCACCUUCUUCCAGCCUUCUUCCCUACCCGACGGCUUUUCGCCGCUUGGCCACUACGCGCAGCCCAACAACCGCCCUCUCUUCGGCUGGCUUCUCGUCGGAAGACCCACCGGCCUCAGCGACGAUGCCCUCGCAAAGCCUUCCGACUACACCCUCCUCUGGACCAGCGAGUCGUCCGCCGACCUCAACCAAGAUGGCCGCGGCUACUUCUGGCUCCCCACUCCGCCGGAAGGCUACCGAGCGGUCGGCCUCGUCGUCACCGGCUCGCCGGGGAAACCGUCGCUCGACGAAGUCCGGUGCGUGAGGAGCGACUUGACUGAAGAAGUCGAGAACGAUGAGUACGUCUGGAGCACUGACGGGUUCAGCGUGAAUGCCUCACGGCCUGCAGUGAGAGGCAUCUCCGCCGCCGGCGUGCCGGUGGGAUCCUUUCUGGCUCGAGCAAACAAUGGAAUUACCACGAACAUAGCUUGUUUGAAGAACAAGGCGUCCGAUUUCACCAACGCCAUGCCGAAUCUUAACCAAGUGGAGGCUCUCAUGCGAGCCUACGCGCCGAGGAUUUACCUCCACUCCGACGAGGAAUACCUGCCGUCGUCGGUGAAUUGGUUCUUCAGCAACGGGGCUCUGUUGUACGACAGAGGAAACCAGAGCAAUUCUGCAACUCCGAUCAACCCCGACGGAUCGAACCUUCCACAGGGGGGAUCCAACGACGGAGCUUACUGGAUCGACCUGCCGGCCGACGACGGCCAGAAAGAUAGGAUCGUGAAAGGGGACAUCUCCAGCACCAAAGUCUACCUCCACGUGAAACCCAUGCUGGGCGCGACCUUCACCGACGUGGCGAUAUGGAUAUUCUACCCCUUCAACGGGCCGGCGAGGGCGAAGGUGGAGUUCCUCAACGUCAAGUUGGGGAGGAUCGGGGAACACGUCGGCGACUGGGAGCACAUGACGCUGCGGAUCAGCAACUUGACCGGCGAGCUGAGGCGGGUGUACUUCAGCGAGCACAGCGCCGGGAGAUGGGUGGAGGCGUCGCAGGCGGAGUUCGACGGGGAGACUAACAUGCCGGUGGGGUACGCGUCGCUGCACGGGCACGCAAUGUACGCCAAGCCGGGGCUGGUUCUGCAGGGGGACGCCAAGCUGGGGAUCGGCAUCAGGAACGACACCGACAAGGGGAGCAGCGUGAGCACGGCGGGGAGGUGGGAAGUGGCGGCGGCGGAGUACUUGGGGGUGGAGGAGCCACCGUGGGUUAACUACAUGAGGGAGUGGGGGCCGAAGAUCAGCUACGACAUCGCGACGGAGCUGAAGAACGUGGAGAGGCUGCUUCCGGGGAGGCUGAAGAAGAGAUUCGAGAGCAUCAUCGGGAGUCUGCCGGAUGAGGUGCUGGGGGAAGAAGGGCCGACGGGGCCGAAGGAGAAGCACAAUUGGGCGAUGGACGAGGCGUAGCGACUAGCGAGUCAUCGUUGCAUUGCCUUGCAGCAAAUGCUUGCGUAGAUUUGCAAAUAAAAGAUUGGUAUUAGUUUUAAUGGAGGAGGUAGCCAGGUGCUAAUAAAUUCCUGUUCAAUCCAAGUUAAUGGUUGAUUUACUGAAUAAAAUCAGUCUAUAUACAGAUA